UGUACAUAUUGAAAUGCAAUCUCCCCCUUUCCUUUCCUAUCCCCCCUUUCCCUUUUCUUUUUUCUUCUCUUUUUAUAAAAUAUAAUGAAAUCAAGCUUUUCUUCACAAGAACACGAUCCGUUAAUAGGCCAUAAACAAAGCAUGUCCUUUUGGUCCGUGUAUGCCACUUGUGUGGCUUGCUUGGGUGGUUUCUUGUUUGGAUACGAUUUAGGUGUUGUCGGCGGUAUGCUUAUCGCUCCUUCUUUCCAAUCCCACUUCGAGAUCGAUCCAAAUGACAUUUUACGAGAAGCUGAAAUUAACGGUACCAUUGUUUCCGUAUUACAAAUCGGUUGUUUGUUUGGCGCUUUAAUUGCCACAAGUACUGCAGAUUCCUUUGGUAGAAAGAAAAGUAUUCUGUUGGCUGCCAUUGUAUUCACCUUGGGUGGGAUACUUCAAAUCAUAGGCUAUGGGUUAGCCAUGAUGUAUAUCGGAAGAAUUAUCUCGGGCUUAGGUGUAGGUGCAUUAAGCAUGUUGGUACCCAUGUAUGUGGCUGAAAUCGCACAUGAGAAUCAACGUGGAUGGUUGGGUGGUUUAUGGAUGUUCUUUAUCGCUACAGGCUUAGCCACUUCCUAUUGGUCUCAUUAUAUUGUACGUAAACUAUUGGACCCACAAGACAAUUUACUAUGGCGUAUCCCAUUGAUCAUUCAAGUCCUCCCUGCCGUCUUUUUAUUCGUCGGUAUGAUCUUUUUAUUCGAAACACCUCGUUGGCUAUGCGCCCAUGGCAAAUCAGACGUUGCCUUUCUAGUCCUCUGUAAAAUACGCAGUGGUAGUACAGCAGAAGAUGUCAAGGUAGAAAUGGAAGGUAUUCAAUCCAGUGUCGAUCUGGAACAAUCCAUCGUCUGUACCUGGGAAGGCGUGAUUUCAUCUCAUAAUCGUCCUCGAUUAAUGUUGGGUUGUGGACUGCAGGCAUGGCAACAGUUGUCAGGUACAAACGUCAUUAAUUAUUUUAGUCCCAUUGUGUUCCGUUCCAUUGGUUUGUCCUCUGGUGACGCAGAAUUGUUCGCUACCGGUAUCUAUGGUAUCCUGAAAAUGAUCGUGGUACUCGUAGGCUUCUUAACAUUGAUUGAUCGCUUUGGAAGAAGACCGCUGUUGAUCAUGGGUGGUGUCGGUAUGGGUAUCUGUAUGUAUGCCUUUGCCAUUUGUGUCGCCAAGACACCCGUACCUAGCUCCCUUCAACCUCCUACCAAUCUCUUGACUGUCACAGCAGGUCUGGGCAUCGCGUCCAUGUACAUCUAUGCCAUCUUUUUUGCUCUGUCUUGGGGUCCUUGUCCAUGGAUCUUUUGUUCCGAGAUAUUUCCCAUGAGUACACGAGCAAAGAGCUUAUCGAUCACCACGGCGAUUAAUUGGGGUUUGAAUGCAUUGAUAGGAAAACUAAGUCCCAUCAUGUUGGCUUAUAGUACAAUGGGAACCUAUCUCUUUUUCGGUUCCUGUUGUAUUUUUGGUAGCAUCUACUGCUAUUUCCUUGUACCCGAGACUAAGGGAAAAACUUUAGAAGAAAUAGAUAAAUUAUUUUAUUAAUUAAAUAUAUAUAAAUAAAAAGAAAACUACUCGACAUGCUGAUAGUUUUGGACAGGAAUG